AUGCCUAUGUACGUUGAAAGAGUCGUGGUUAAUAUUGCAUCUUCAGGAAUUCAUUAUGGAGCCACCAUACUUAGGAGUGUGCCAUUUACGAUAAAUUGGAAUGAGCUGAAAUGUCAGAAGCGGCUUGCCGCCGCUGUUCUGGGAUGUGGUCGGAAGAAAAUCUGGCUGGAUCCGAAUGAGAACUCGACCAUCGCGUCGGCUAAUUCUAGAAAGCUUAUUCGCAAGCUGUACAAGGAUAAUUUGAUAAUAAGGAAACCCGUGACUGUGCAUUCACGCUCACGUGCAAGACGUCAGCUCAUCGCUCGGCGCCUUGGUCGACACAUGGGCGUGGGGAAGAGGAGAGGAACGGCCGACGCACGUAUGCCUCAGAAGGUGCUUUGGAUGCGCAGGAUGCGCGUCCUGCGUCGCCUUCUGAAGCGUUAUAGGGCCUCUCACAAGAUUGAUAAGCACUUGUACCACCACUUGUACCAACAGUGCAAGGGUAAUAUAUUUAAGAACAAGCGCAUCCUUAUCGACCACAUUCAUAAGAAGAAGUCGGAGCGUCUUCGAGCCAAGCAGUUGAGUGAUCAGGCAGAGGCGAUGCGUCAACGCAAGCGCGAGGCGAAGGUUCGCCGAGAGGAGCGUCUUGUGGAGCGCAGGAAGAAGAUGUUGUUGGGUGUUGUUGCUGCGGCUGCGACCCAACCGAGUGCGAAGGCGGUUAAGGAGAUGGCGAAGGUUGAGGUGCCAAAGGUAGCUGCUUCGUCGAAGAAGUCAGAGGCGCCGAAGACUGAGGCCAAGAAGGUGGAGGUGUCGAGUGCCGAGGCUAAGAAGGCUGAACCACCGAAGCCUGAGUCUAAGAAGGCGACAGCGACGGCGUCGGCGUCGGCGAAGGGGUCGAAGGUGGAUGGCAAGAAGGUGGAAGCACCUAAGACUGAGGCGAAGAAGACGGAGUCGAAGACUGGUCCUACAUCUAAGGCUGAGGCAUCGAAGCUAGGUAAAGGAGCACCUGGAGCUAAAACAUCGAAAACUCCUGCUCCUCCCCCCAAAGUGCCGACUGCUCAAACUGCUACAAGGCCUAAGUCGUCGAAGAAACGGAGUGGUCCUUCGGCCGCCGCUUCACUUCAAGAAGAUGGAUUUGUUUCAAUUACCAAAGCCUAA